AUGUUUUCAUUCUUAGAUUUAUUUGGGAUACCUGUUUAGAUGAUGCUCUCAAAAAAUUAAAAGCAUAAAACAGCUUUUGGAAGCUUAGUUACUAUAAUUAUUGUUAGUAUUGUUUGCAUUUACUCAUUUUAUAUUCUUGAUUAGUGCUUUUAAUAUUCAAACCCAAAUAUUGUAAGUUAAGAUUAUUUAGUUUAGCAACCUGAUGAAGUAGUCUUUGAUUAAAAGAAAUACACUUUAGCUAUGGGUAUAUAGGAUUAGAACUUAGCUCACUUUUUAGAUGAGUCAAUUUAUUAUUUAGAAGUUUAACUUUUGGAAACCACCAAAACUUAUAAUGAAACAACCAAUUUAUACGAUCAAAAAACAGUAGCCGAAUCAAUAAAAAUGGAACGUUGUACAUUAGAUCACUUUUAAGUAAAUCAAACUGUAGAUUACUUCAAAUAGCUCAAGUUUAGUAAUAUCUACUGUUUUCCAUUAAAUUUCAAAAUGAAUUUAGCUGGUUAGUUUGGGGCUAUGCAAUAUAAAAGGCUUUAUAUUUAAGUUAAAAGUUGUGAAAUUAAUUGCCAAAACUAAACUGUAAUUCAAUAAAAAUUAAGUGAUGUAGCCUUUUAGCUAUAUUAUGUCAAUUAUAUUAUAUCCCCUAAUGAUUUAAAUAACCCAUUUAAGCCAAUAGGAUAAAAUACAUUCUGGUAAUCUGGUUAUUCUUUGUUCAAAAACAUUAAUGUUUAUUUUAGAAAAAAUACAAUAAGGACAGAUUAUGGUCUGAUUAGCUAAGAGUUUUAGGAUGAUUAUCGCAUGAUUUACAGUAAUGAUAGAGAAACUUUAAUAAAAAAAACAGAUAACAAGCUGUAUGAAAUAUAUAUAGGUCUAGAGAAAAAUAAGUAAUCAGAAUACAUAAGAACUUACCUAAAAUUAUUUAGUGCUAUUUCUUAAAUCGGUGGUAUCUAUAAUAUAUUUUUCCUUCUAGGUGCAUUAAUUUGUUUUCCAAUUUAAAAGAUAUCGUUAUAUUACAAGCUGAUAAAGAGCUUAUAUGAUUUUAAAAAAAACAGAGAAGAAAUCAGAUUUUAAUUUUUAUCUGAUCAAGACAGCAUUUCAGGUGAUAACCAAUCUUUAAAUUAGAAACUUAUUUAUCCAACAUUUUAAAAUAUUCAAUCGUUUAACUUAGAAAAAAAAAUAAUUGAAAACGAUUAUGCUAUUUUAAAUUCAUUUAAAGCCUCCAGUAAUAAAAAAUAAAAAAUAAACAUUCCUUAUGUAAGUAAGAAUAAAAUUAAGCAUAAAAUUCAACUUGAAAAUUCUGAAGUCACUAUUUAACAGCCUCAUUCGUGUCUAAUAAAUGCAUUAAAUAUUGAAGGUUUUUAGGAAAAAAAUUGUAAUUUAAGAUAAAAAUAAUAUUAACAAUAAUAAAAAUUCAUAAAAGAAAAUCAAUAAAAUAUAAAUUAUUCUUCAUCUAUUAAAUAUUAAUUAGAACGUAUUUUUGCUUUUUUGUUUUAAUCAUCUCCCAAUAUUUCAUUUAGUAUUUUUAAAAUGGUGAAAUCUUAAAUUCAAAGAAAAAUAAAUUUAGAAAAUCCUUACUCCAAAAUGAUAAACUUAAGUAUAGAAAGUCUAAAAGAAUAACUUGAUUUAAGCAGUAUCUUAAAAAAAAUACAAGAUAUAGAAAAGCUUAAAUAUUUAUUGCUAAAUCAAAAUCAAAUUAAGCUUUUUGAUAGUAUUUCUAAACAGACUUUAUAUCUCUCAGACUUUAAUAAUAAAAACAACGAAUCAGAUUAAAAGAAUAAUAAUGAUAAGAGAAUAAUAGGAUGUGAAUCUUUAAGUUAAUAAGAAUAAAAUUAAUUUCACUAAUAAUUUUUCUCACAAGAUAAACCAAAAGAUGAAAAAUAAAUUGGAAAAGAAGCCAAAGAAGCUUUUAAAUAAAUUUAUCAAAAUGGAUAGCCUAUUUCUAUAGUUGAUAAAAAACUUUUAUAAUUGUUAACUUUUGGGAAAAUUAACUAUGAUAAAGAAGGAGACAUAAAUUAAUCUAAUAAAAACACUUAUAACACUCACUAAACCUUUUUAUUCGAUCCUUAAGUUAUUGAUACUAAUUUAGAAAUAUAAAGAUAAAAUAUUAGCUUAAAUAAUGAGGGUAAAUUUAGCCAAAUUAUGUUUUUAAAAUGA